AUGGCCACCAUCUUCAACAAAUUCCGCAAAUCAUCCCAGUCAGACGCUCGCAGCAGGCGCUCCGCAUCUACCAACUCCACCUCGGGUCCUCUCGACGACGACGACGCCCCCCGCACAUCCACCGCCCCCUCCCCCUCCCCCAGCAGGAGGACAGGCGCCUCGGGAAGCCUCUUUAUCGAAGACUUUGCCCCGCCCACCACCCCAUCCAGCAACGACAACACUGCAACAUCGAGCGGCGCCACUGAAUCGCGUACUCCCAACAGACCAGGUGUCCUCUCAGUACCCAGCUCGGCGCAGCAGCAGCCUCUUGGCACUCCCAAAUUCACCCUCACGCAGGACGGGUCCAACAGCCCCCGAAGCUUUGACGGGAGCCCUGUGCAGAAUCGCAGCCCCGCCAUGAAUGACAAUGGAUCCAACGAAGCUGUGGGUCUCGGCUUUGGCAAAUCGAACCCCCGAUCUUUUGAUCAAGACGACCUCGAGACUCCCACCCUCGACUCUAGCUUUCCCAGCACCUCAUCCAACCGCGUUUCCGCAGUGUCUAUCGCCGCUGACCCGUCGUCGCGUGAACGAGCCAACUCCCUCGCAUUCGCCGAAGGCGAUGUCCGAUCGCGCAGUGGCUCUAUGGUGUCCCGUAUAACCCACAGACACGGGCCUGCCUCGCCCAGUAGUCUCAUGCCCGCCGAUCAGAAGGGCUCGGUGUCGAGCAAAAAGUCGCGCAAGAAGAGGGACCGUCGAAGGUCGGUCACUUCGACUGCAUCGGGACAAUCUUCAUUGGCGGCGCUUGCAAGGGGUGGCCUGCAGAUGGCUGGACCUGGGACAAUUGGGGAUGAACUCCAUAUCAAGCAGCACAAAGGGCGAAGGGUCACAAGUCCUCUCAAGAGGAGCCCUUACCUCACUCGAGGAGAGGAGGGCGAUGGGGACGAGUUGGACGACGAGUACGGGGAAGGGCUCGACGAUGAUGAUGACGAUGAUAGCGACUUGGAAGACACACUGUCGGUGCUGGGGUAUGCUGUGGCGAGCAACAGGCGGAACGCCGACUUUCAUCAAGUGUUCCCUGGCGUCGAUGAGGGGGACUAUCUCAUUGACGACUAUGGCUGUGCCUACGCCAAGGAUAUUCUUGUUCAAGGUCGCGCAUACAUUUCUGAAAAUUACAUUUGCUUUCAUGCCAACAUCUUUGGCUGGACCACUGACCUGGUCAUCCCUUUCACGGAAAUAAAAAGUAUAGAAAAGAAGAUGACCGCCCUCGUCAUUCCCAAUGCCAUCGGCGUAAAUACCGCCACAGCCCGAUAUACAUUCGCAUCCUUCAUCUCUCGAGACACCGUCUACGAUGUCAUGAUGAACAUCUGGCGCCUCUGCAAUCCCAACGCAGUCAUGUCCUCUCUCUCCCUCCCCGGCACGAAUAAUUCCCGCCCUGCGUCCAUCUCUGGCGAGCUUGCUGACGCCGAAGGCGAUGCGUCUUCGGGCGCCUCGCCUGGGCAACAGAUCAUUGGAGCGAGUGUCAAGGGUGCUGGAUCAGAGACGCACAAACCCACACAAUGCGCAUGUGGGAAGGACGGGAAGCAUUACCCCGAGACAGCGUUGGAAGCCACUUUCCCGAGUACACCAGAGAAGGUUUACAACCUCAUGUUUAACAGUGGAUGGUUGAAGACCUUUUUGAGUGAUAGCCAGCAAUUACGAGACAUAGAGUACUCGGACUGGCGCAUCGGAGAAGGGUCAGACCAGCUCACCCGCUCAUUAUCCUAUAUCAAACCUCUCAAUGGCUCCAUCGGCCCAAAGCAGACCACCUGCCACAUUACUGAUUCGCGCGACCAUUUCGAGCCCGAAGAUUACAUUGCGAUGGUGACUACCACGAGGACACCGGAUGUGCCGAGCGGAGGCGUGUUUAGCGUCAAGACGAGGACUUGCUUCAUGUGGGCCCGGGGAAACUCGACCAAGGUUGUCGUUACCACUGGGGUUGAAUGGACUGGAAAGAGUUGGAUCAAGGGAAUCAUUGAAAAGUCUGCCAUAGACGGCCAAAAGACUUACCAUGACGACCUCAAACUAUCCAUGCUCUCCUACAUCCAAUCCCACAUCUCUGAAUUUCUUCCUCCCGGUACCCAGGCAUCUGUCGAUACGCCGGUCCCUGGAACUCCUGCAGCUGAAGUCGCCGCUGCCGCCGAUAAGCAGACUGAGGCGCAAGAGUAUGCCGAAAAGGCGAGGAAGGAUAGACAGGAGCAGGACUGGGGCAUGGUGCAAGCGGGAGUCGAUUCGCUCGUGGCCGGAGGGAAGGGCGUCGUCUCUGGAUUCAAGUUCUGUGUGGAUGGGUUGAGCGAUUUGGUCUUUCCCUCGGGGCUGUCAAAACAAUCUGUGACGACCGUCGUCAUCAUCAUUCUCGUGAUCUCCAACGUCUGGACAUACAUCGCCUUCUCUGGUGGCCAGCAGCGUUCAUUUCUAGAGCGUCGUUCGGCUAAACGCGGGAAUGACGAAGUGGCCGAGGCGGUCAAGAUGGUGCUCGGGCAGAGGAGGGAUCCGAUUCAGGAGGCGCAGGAGUUGGUCAGAGUUUUGGACUUUGUGGAAGGGAGAUUGGGCAAGUUGAGGGAAGAAGCGAAAGAGCUGGGUGACAGUGCGGUAGGAGGUGGGGAGAACAAUGGAAAGGAUCUCGAUUAA